GUGUGUUUGUUUUAAGGAAGGUCUCAUAAAUAUAAUCGCUGUACAAUAGACGCACAAAAGUCGUAUGACAGUCGCCGUCCCGGUUUUAUUGCAAACACAUGUUGAACUACUAAAGUUUUGGAAUCUCUUUUUACAACAUUUGCUGUGCAACACUGUGUCGCGAUGCUGGUGAACAGUAGAAAUAUAAACAAAGAAAGUUGAUUGUUUAGCAGGAUCGAUAGAUAACAAAAAGAAAGUGUGUAGUUUGUUGCGUUCGUUUUUUACAACAUCGAUUACACAAUGAAAAAGUUGUUUGUGCAACAGUGCCUGUGUUCUCUAAGUUUUGUUUCCUCUAGUGUAGUGAUUGUCAUGCGACUGUUUUGUGCGGUCAUUUUUGUAGGCACUCACUUUAAGGAACGAGAGUUUGCGAAAAUACACUUUGCAAUACCUUUGACUUUUUUAACACAGGGUUUUUACGCAACAAUGCAACUUUCUCUAGCUCUCUUUAUAUGGAGGGCUGAGUUUUAAUUUUGGCACUGUUGAAAAAAGUUAUAAUUUUGUUUUGUUUGCUUGAUGUCGAUUUUGUUUUUUUGUUUUUUUUGGUUUCUUUUGUUUGUUCCUAUGGUAAAUCGUGAUGUAGAAGAUUCUGGCAUUUUCAAAUUGUGUUAAUGUUUAUUUUAGUUUUGGCGUGUAGAAAGUAAAUUCUGACAUGUGAAACAACACGUGUUUUGUAUUGAAAGUCAUAAUUGAUUGUUGUUGUUUUUGCGACGGUGUCCGAAAACUAUCGACAACGUGAACAUACAAAAAAAACCCUGAUAAUUAUUUAUCUGGCCACCCAUACUACACUUAAACCGGAAAAAACAAACAGUAAACGAAACAUUGUUACUGGAGUGUUUACGUAGUUUACGUGACAUGGACUUAACCCGAAUCAACCCUUUCCUUCAUCUUUUUGAAUAAUUCUCUUUUGCAUAACUUCUGAGCAUGAAGGUAUAAAAUAUUUUGUACCUCCAUGUUCUAAGUUUUCAUAGUUGUAACCUGCCUUGUUAAUUUAUUAGCUUACAUUCCUCCUCAAAUAUUGGUUAUUACUCAAAACUGCCCCUCCUAAAUUCCUAUAUGAUCUUUAUAAUGGGUCUCAGAGGGAGGCGCUUCCAAAAAGUAGAGACAAUGAGAGAUAACUAAACUAAUUUUUUGUUUAUUUUGAUUCCAAUGCUUAAUGUGGGGAGUUUUAUAUUAAGUGCCCCUCAACUUUCUUUUUUGAGGGUUUUUUGAGGGGCGACACUAAACCUGUGCCAAACGCCUAUCAAACGUUUUGGAGGGCGUGAAACUGAAUCAACCCCUCUCCAGGGCCAUAAUAUGUUCUAAAGCUCGGGACUAAAUAAAACCACGAUUUUGUCACUUGAAAGUAAAAAAUGUGGCCGCCAGAUAAAUUAGCAGUUGGAUGAUGUCAUGUUGCUUUACGAGAUAAACAAAAUGGUGUUGGAGAUUUGUUAGUGCGGACCAUUCAGUAAACACAGCUGUUUUAAUGAUGGCGGAAUGUUGAAUGUUCGUAGAAUUUCACAAUGAGAGCGAAGUCAUUGUUAAGGAUAUUUAUUGUAAUUAUUGUCAAAAAUAUUCUUUGUAACUCUGUGUCAAUUUUGUUUUUACUUUCAUUUACGUCAGUUGCAGCAUAAUUGCGGUUUAUCAGGUUUUUUUUAUUUGUUGUUGGUUUAUCAAUCUUAAAGAAGGCGUCAUUUACUUAUUGUGUUUUCUCUUUUGUUUCCUAUAUAAUAAAACAUUUCCUCACAUAGUUCUAAGAAGUCUUUUCCUUUGCCAACUUUCGAUAUAUAUGGAAGAAAUUCCAGUAUAAAAAGAGAAAAGAAAGUGAUAUAUCCAAUCAUCUAACGCCAAGUUUUGUAAAGAGAUACAUUAACAAGGAUACUAGCAUCUCAUACGAACAAGCACUCCUGCAAAGAUGCCGUGUAUACCAACAUGUUUGGGCCAAAGACCAACUUUUAUAUGCAUGAUGUUUUUAACCAGCUCGUUUUUCUUUGUGGAAAUCAUCGUUGGUUACGCCACAAAUUCGAUGGCGUUAGUGGCAGAUUCAUUUCACAUGCUGUCGGACAUUAUAUCAUUGUUCGUCGGCUUCUUCGCAUUGAAGUUCUCACGCAAAAGUAACCCACAUACGUUGGACGCCAAUACUUUUGGAUGGGUGAGAGCAGAAGUUCUUGGCGCGUUAGUUAAUUCAGUGUUCCUUGUUGCCUUGUGUUUUUCAAUUCUUGUUGAAGCAUUGAAAAGGCUUGCUGAACCAGAAGCUCUUACUGACCCGUUGCUGAUUCUUGUAGUGGGUGGAGCUGGUCUUCUUGUUAAUCUGAUCGGAAUGUUUCUUUUCCAUGGUCACGCUGGCCACGGACACAGUCACGGUGGUGGUAGCCACGCACAUAGUCACGGUGGGGACAGUCAUGAAAGUGGCAACCAUGGACAUAGUCACAACAACAAAAAGAAACACGGAAAAAAAGGAAAAACCGCUAAAAAACAUUUAAAAAUUUCAAACAAAGAAGCAACUAUGGGGAGUUACCAAAAUAAAAGUUUUCAUCCUGAAAGUGAUCACACAACCGUUGCUAUAACAAAAUCUCACGAUGAAAAGAAAGGGGAUGUCACUAUAGAAAUGUAUAUGCAGACGGAGGGAUCUAAUGCCGUAGCUAAUAUUUCAGAAGUUUCGUCUGUGGGAAGUAUGACCACUUCAAAGAGAGCAAACGCGAGUGGUCAAAUGAACAUGAAAGGUGUUUAUUUACACAUUCUUGGCGACGCACUUGGUUCUGUUAUUGUUAUCGUGGCAGCUCUAUUGGUGUAUUUCUUUGGAAAACAAAAAUGGACGCUGUAUGUUGAUCCUGUAUUGAGUAUUGUGAUGGUAUUCAUUAUUCUCAAGACAUGCAUCCCUCUAUUGAAAGAAUCUAGCUUGAUAUUGCUACAAAAUGUUCCAUCACAUAUCGAGUUAAAAAAAGUAGAAGAAAGAUUACUAGGCACGUUUCCUGAAAUAAUCGCAGUCCACGAAUUUCAUGUAUGGCAAUUGACUGGUAAUAAAAUCAUUGCAUCACUGCACAUCAAAUUUUCAUCAAAUGCAGAUUAUAAACACUUAUCACCUUCGUUGAAAGAAUUCUUCCAUGAUGAGGGAAUUCAUUCGACUACCGUGCAACCAGAAUUUGCAGGAGAAGACAGUGACGUAAGUGAUGACGAAAAGAAAUGUCUGUUGCCAUGUGUCAGUAAAUCGUGUGAAGAAAAGUUGUGUUGUAACACUGACACACAGAAGUUAUUGUCCAACGAAUCGAGUGAUAUCCCCAUCAUUGAAAAUCUCACAGUCGAAGAUGAUAAAACACAGAGCAGAAAAUCAAAUAUUUCGCAACUUCAUAGCAACGUAGAACUCCUCUCAGUUACGAUUUUAAAAGAUACUGAAAGUCCAGAUAACAUUUCUGAAAAAUAAAUCGUAGGGAUUUGAUAAUUUGAGUGCAAAUACAGGAGUAGUGAUUCUUAUGUCCUGGUUAUUUGGCUGGUUAUUUACAAUUUUCCAAAUUGUUAGGGAAUAAUAACAAAUCUCUGCAAUGCUGAAUUACUAAAGAGACUGUUUAUACCCGAGACAAGGUAUAUAUUCAGCGACAAGUCAAGUAUUUCGCUUGAGCAAAACGAGAUGAAGGAGAUAAGCUCCCCUUGGACUUUUUUUCUUAUGUGAAAACUUUAUGCUUUUAUUUAAAUGUGUACCUUGGAUUUUUCUGUAUACGGACGGGCAAUCAACUCUGUUUUUUCUGGCUCUGUGUCCUCCGAAAUCAGUCACCGAAGGAAUAUAUUUCACCGGGAGAUGAGUUGCUGUGAAAUUAAGUUACCGCGACGUAAAUGUUUUUUUUUGACUGAGAGUCUUCAUGAAUGCUCUGCAUAGAACACUUUUUAGAAUUUGUUAACAAUGACUUCAUAUAUAUAUAUUUUUUAAGUUUUAUUGUAUUUUUGUAAUUUCUAACUACUUUGUUGUAAAUAUAUCUAUAAAAUUA